GUUGUGAUAUUGCUUUUUGCGAUCGUACUCGAACGAAUUACGUAAGGAUAAACGUAUUUGACUUUUCUGAACGAUGUCUUUCUUCCUAAAACGCACCUUGGGUGCUAGCUGCAAUCUUGGCCGCGUUGUUUUGAGUAAUGUGAAACCAGCGAGCAUUCAGUUGGUGGCGACUAAGACGGAACAGGCAGCCCCACAGGUGGAGACUCGGCCGACUGUUGCCAAACUAGAUCCCCUGCAGAAGUCGCAACUAGUUGAUUUUGGAAAAUAUGUUGCUGAAUGUAUGCCCAAAUUUAUUCAGAAAGUGCAGAUCACAUCUGGGAAUGAACUGGAGGUGCUGAUCCCGCCUGAAGGUGUUAUUCCAGUGCUAACCUUUCUAAAGGACCACCAUAGCGCUCAGUUUGCCAGUCUGAUCGACAUAGCAGGCAUGGAUGUGCCUACAAGGCCAAACCGAUUUGAGAUUAUUUAUAAUCUACUUUCUUUAAGAUACAAUUCCAGAAUCAGAGUCAAAACUUACACUGAUGAGUUGACUCCGGUAGAUUCAGCAUGCGAAGUAUUUAAAGCAGCCAACUGGUAUGAGAGAGAGAUUUGGGAUAUGUAUGGAGUGUUCUUUGCCAACCACCCUGAUCUAAGGAGGAUCCUAACAGACUAUGGCUUUGAGGGCCAUCCCUUCCGCAAGGACUUCCCAUUAAGUGGGUAUGUGGAGGUGCGCUAUGAUGACGAGCAGAAACGUGUGGUUGUAGAGCCAUUGGAAUUGGCGCAGGAGUUUCGCAGGUUCGAACUGAGCGCCCCGUGGGAGCAGUUCCCUAACUUCCGUGGCAACCCUGUGGAGGAUGUGAGCACCCCUGCUGAGGAAAAACCCAAGGAGAAGUAGAAGAACCUAUAUUACCAAUAGUCUGUUAAUGAUAAUGUAAAUAAAAUGAUAUCUCACACUAACCAUG